AUGAAACUCACGACAGUGCCAUUCUGCUUACUAAUCAUGUCCAUUUUGUCUGUCCUUGUAAAUGUAAGUUCAAAUUAAAAAAAUGAGGUUUUUCAUGGUAACAUUAUUGCCAAAGGAACUCUGUAGGGAAGUACAUACGUUCUACUAACACAAAAACCAAUAGUUGCGCCCAAAUAUUAAAUUAUAUAGUCUUCUUAGUACACCUACUACAACAUAACUAAAUGUUUCUGUCUGGCUUCCUGGGUUGGGAUUUCAAAAGCUAGGACAAUGUAAUCUCAUUACUGUAAACAGAAAAAUAUCUGCAAUCAUAUUCUAGUCGACGGUGAUUACUGUACUGGGGGGGGGGAGUUCUGGAAACCAAGCCAAGAUAAAGAAGGAAUAUGAUAUAUAUUACAUAAAACAUGGGUAUGUGGGGCAGGAAAUAUGCAGUAUGAUCAGUGACUUCAACAAAGUCACGUUGACCAGUCGUAUUUCCGACGUUUCCCAACAGUUUGAUGUUUAAGUGUACUAAGAGUAGCCAAUUUAGUAUCCUUUCAGCCGUAAAAUAAGCCUGUCUGAAGUGGCUUGACUCAUUUUCGGUAAAAAAUAAUUUGGGUUGAGCCAAAUUUAAUAGAAUUUGCGACUCUUCCGAGUUUACUGACCUAUCUAUCUAAUUCCCCGUCGUAUAGUUUCUGUUUUCGUAUCUUAUUUUAGGAAGCGGAAACUUUUGUCUCGGCUAAAUACAUUAACAUAAAUACGUUUUAAACCCAAAACAUUUAAAUAUAGGCUUUACGUAUGUUGACAAACAUUGUUAUAGAGUUGGUCAUGCCUUACAAACUACAUUAUAUUCAUGUAGACCUAAUAGAUUACUGUAAACACAUAAAUUAGUGACAGUAGAUAAGUUUACAUCAUUUAAAAACGUAUAUCAUGAAGCUUUAAUAGUCAUAUGUAAUAGUUUUCACCACUUUAUGAUAUGAAUACUUACAUAACCCGAUCCAUAAUUUUUAUACCAUUUCAGUGCCGACCCUACGAACCUCAACUCUUUUACCUAAUAGACGUAUCAGACGACGUGUUGCCUUUGUCGUAUGUUCCAGAAAGUAGCAUCUCCAAACGCGCAGUGAAACGAGAAAAGAUAGUAAUGGACUCGCUGGGAGGUGACUAUCUGGUGCGAAAGCGCAGCGAUCUAUAUUACUGA